AUGCCAUCCUCGCUCCCAUUCCGAUGGAUCAAUGCUUUCAAGCCAACUCCUUUCAACUCAAAUACAGACCUGCUCCAAUACAGCACCGUCCCCAUCGAUCCCCACCUCGACCCUCGCCUCACAGCACAAGCUUCGAUAUAUAACCACACUUCCUACCAUCCCAAUUUCGAAAGUGACGAAGGUACCACCAACAACAAAGAAGCUGUAGUCGAGUACAAGAACAUCCGUCACAUGCAACCCCAGUACGUCACGCGUGUCGAUUCCAGACAAUGGAGGCGCGCUCAAAUCCAGGAGGACCAAGAAGCUCGGCAAGUUAAGGAGCAAAGCCAAUGUCCAUCCCUGAGACGUGGGAGUGUGUACGCUCGUAUCCAAGCCAUGUUACAAACAAUUUCCUGGGCUUCCUUUUCCUCUUCUUGUUCAUCAGAACCUUUACCAUCUAUUGAAUUUCCACACCCAAGUUCUACUUUCAGCUAUGAUGCUACGGCUAAUGAAGCUCCUGAGGAGGAUCCGUUGGCGUUUGCUAAGGUGGGUGAGGUUGAGGUGAGGGAGGGUGAGACGGAGCAGAUAAGUCCCACGAUCUGUGAUGUAAGUUUAGGGGAGAGAGGUAUGAGGGAGUCGGCGGGGAGUUGCUUUGCGGCUUUCAGGAGGUAG